UACAAUUGCUCUUUUGUACCACUGCUUUGUGUGUCAUAUUACAAACCGAUCUUGAAAUAUCUUCCUCUUUGUAAGAUAAAGAUCGCUAAUGCAGCGCGGUGCAACAAACACUAGUCUCACACGAACCUAUUACUCAUUUCAUUGUUUAAAUGUUGCUUCUCACAAUGCAUUUCUUAAUCACAAAGUUCUAGAACCUCAGAGCACAAUGUGCGCAGGGUUUUGUGGAGUCUGGCUGUCAUUGUUUGGUCCUUGUGGUUGUUUUAUCUCUAGCAGUGAUGAGGAUGUGGUUACUGGUUCCAUAAAGGUGCAUGUUGCAGAUGUGUUUUAUACGGGUGUGUGGGUAUCUUCGGACAUGCAGAAACGGCGGUUUUGGGACUAAAGAUCGGAGUAAUUUAUGUUCGGCUGUACAUUAUAGGCCUGUUCACUCAUCCUGACUCUUGUUUUUGAUAAAGGGAGUCUGCAACACUGCAAAAAGAAGGUUUCGUUGGUAAAGUGCACUAAAUGCAUUGGUCUGGUUUACUGGUCAAGCCUCGAUUUCAUCUAUUGGCUACAAAUUAAUACAAAGGCAGCAAAACAAGAACAACGGGGAAAUCAUAACACUAACAUGGAUCUAAAUACUUUUGAGGGCCGCUGUACUGUGUGUUUGAGCGAUAGAGAAAAAUACAGCAAAGACCACGUGUUUUUGUAUCAGAACAGUACGCAGGAAUACCAGACCGAUUUGGAAGUAAUUCUGGAAUUUCUUGAAGAGCACUACAGGCAGGAAUCUGGAAGGAAGUCAUUAUGGCCCAAUGCAAAGGAUCUUUGUGCCACCUCGACCACUGAAGUUGUGAACACUUCUGAUGAGCAUUUCAGCUGUGACUUAGAGCAAGAAAAGGUCCAGCUGGAGCUUUCUGCACCUGUGGCACAGCAGAUCAAAGCAAACAGCUCUUCAGAUGCUGGAACCAACCAGGCGUUAGUCUUUCCAGAUGGUUCCAAUGGGCCAGUUUUAAAUGCCCUAAAGAGACCAGAGCGACCAUUAACUCAAAAUACGACACCUGAAAAGACUACUAAACCAUUGGCCAGCAUUACACCUGCACAGAAAGGGAAAAAGCUACGUCUUUUCCACUUCUUGUUUGAAGUGCUGGAGGACCCAAACAUGGCCCACUGUGUGUCCUGGGUACCAGCUUCGACCGGAGUCUUCCGCUUUUCGGCCAGGCACAAGGAGCGGGUUGCAGAGCUCUGGGGGCAAAGGAAGGGCAACAGAAUGCCCAUGACCUACCAGAAAAUGUCUCGCGCCUUAAGAAAUUACGCCCGCUCGGGGGAGAUCAUUAAAGUGAAAAAGAAACUGACUUACCAGUUCAGUGUUGUUACUCUUAUAACUUUAAAGAGACAACGUGAUAUAAAGAUGAUCCAUAUGGAGCUAAAUGACUGCUAAUACAUUAGUCGCCAUUGUGACGUGGUGAUCAUUUUCUACUCUAAUGACUUUGAAUUGAUUUGGUAACAGGAGAAGGUUAAUACUAGUUUAUAUUUUUCCUGCUUUGCUAUCAGUUGUUUUUUCUACGAAGCUAUGUAUUUUUCAUAAAGUAUUCUUUAUAAAUUGACAUUUACAGUUCCUUUGAUUAAAUAGCCUACAUUACGCAUUCCUAAAAAUAAAGGUGAUAAAUGAUGCCAUAGAAGUAACAUUUUCGGCUGUAUGGCUCCAUAAAGAACAACUUACAUACACUGAACCGUACACUUUCACAAAAGGUUAUUUUUUGGUGAAAAAAGGGGUUUUAGACUAGAUAAAAUAAGACAUGGUUUGUUUAAUGGAGUCAUUCGCCGGAAGUACGUGUUUUUAUCUUUGUCAUGUGUGUGUUAUAAGUUGCCCAUCCAUGUAUUAGACACGUGAAAUUGCAAAAAUAUAAGUGUGGAAACAAAAGAUGUAUUUUAUCUAGAAGCGAACGCAACCGUGUAUACACGAUUUAAGGUUAAAUUUAUUCAUACUAUGUGGAAAAUACAGCGUUUUUUAACCUUACAUGGUGUAUACACAUUGUAUUACAAUCUAAAACAAAUAAUAAUAUUUGUUUUGGCCCAGUCAACCUUUGACUGAUUGGUUCCUAUGGCACUGCUGCGAAUAACCUUUUGUAGAACCUUUAUUUGUAAAAGUGUCUAUAUUUUGUAGCGUUUGCAUGAUAGACAUCUUGUUGCCUUUACAACACAUGUGUUGGGUUGAUGUUAAAGACUAUGUAAGUAUUGUAUAUACAGCUGUGGAAAAAUUAAGAGAGUACUCCAGUUUUUCCUUUAUUCAGCAAUAUUUUCAUUUGAAAUUUGGGAGAAAGGUUGUCACUACUGUCCACAGAAUGAAACAAAAAUAAUCAUUUUAUUUUACAAGAUAUAAAUAAUAAAUUAGGACAUUUUUGGA